CGUUUGCAUCUUCUCCCACCGUUCGACGCGCCUGUGAAGAACACCAAACCCGACCCAAAACAUGGAAUGACACGGACCUGACCCAGUCUGGUUUUAAGCUUCUUUUUCCUUUUUUUUUUUCCCGCAACACAUCCCGGACAUCUUCAUCCGAGCCUUUCGUUUACUUCGUUUCGUGCCAUUCAAUUUUUGACCGCAGGCGACAGGCGAGGAAAACAUCCAACGUCCCGUUGUCAGCUGAUUGACCUCUAAGACACACACACACACACACCGAGACACGACACUCGCUCGUUUUUAUCUACCGAACAACAACGACGUACCUAACCGUACCUACCUACGUAGGCAUACCCGCUGCCGCCACAUCAUUCUUCUUCCACGCUCGUUCAACCUCUUUCGCCGCAACUGACUCAAGUUGCGCAUGUUGUCGUUUUCUCCUAUCGCUUCAUCUGCCACCGACAACUAUAAAUGAGCGAGAUCAGGAUAUGUUCUUGACACAGCCGUUCAUGCCACUCGUCACGCAUCACUGCUUGUCCUGAACACUACGGCAGUGUUUUUUUCUUUUUUUCGUUGUUCUUAUUUUUUUCUUUCUUUUUUUGUUAUUGAUCUCUCUACAAUGGGGUCACUAAUACCCACAAUAUUCAUAUCAUUCUGGAGGAUAUUUCUAGACAUUGUACUCUUCUGGGCAGGUAAAUUCCGUGAAUGGUACCGGCGCCGCAACCCGGUUGAGGUCUGGCUCGACGUCCUCCGCAAUGCUUCCGAGUUCGACGAGUGGGAGGAAGCUGCCAUCCGGCUCGACACACUCCUCGGCCUCGAUUUGUGGCGUAAUAGCCCAAUCAGCCGGCAUUAUGACUACAAAUUGAUCAACGAGCGGUUGGAGAGCAUUGAGGUUGCGCGCGAUAACGGCGAUGUCAAUGCGCUUGUCAACCUUUUGCGCAGCGGUCUCGUUCGAAACCUUGGUAAUAUCACGGCACCUAAGCUAUACAACAAGAGCUUUGCGGGAACCAAGAUUCUGAUCGAGGAAUAUAUCACUGCGGUUGCAGAAGUGAUCGAGGAGAUUGGCAUGUUACCGACAGUUAGGAGGACCGGAACGAACUAUCCCAACAACAGUCUCACACCCGGUUUCAAAGGAGCAAGGCCUGUGAGUCCCGGACUGGCGAGUUCUGAUGACGGCAAAGACAGCGGAAACAGUACGGCAGGUGGUGGAAGUGGCAGCAACACGAUGGGUUACAUGUCGACACAAAUGAAGCUCGAUUUUAUCCACGAUACCAGACAAGCAUUUGGACGGAGCACCCUCGUUUUUCAAGGCGGCGCUAUCUUUGGUCUCUGUCAUCUCGGUGUCGCCAAGGCACUGUUCCUGCGUGGCUUGCUCCCGCGAAUUAUCACCGGGACGGCAACUGGAGCUUUGAUCGCUGCCCUUGUAGCUGUUCAUACGGAGGAGGAACUGCUGCAUGUCUUGAGUGGUGAAGCCAUUGACCUCUCUGCCUUUUCGAGCAAGCUUGGCACUCCCGCCAACGGUGAAGGGAAGGAUAAGAGGAAUUCAUGGUGGACUAAUCCCUGGUCGACUCUAGUACGUAGACUGACUAGGUUCUGGAAAAAAGGCUACUUCCUGGAUGUCAAGGUGUUGGAGCACUGCAUCAGGUCUAACUUGGGCGACCUCACGUUUGAGGAAGCGUAUAACCGUAGCAAGAGAGUACUGAACAUCACGGUCGCCACGGCUGGACAGGGGGGUGUUCCAACCCUCCUGAACUAUCUCACAGCUCCCAAUGUGCUAAUCUGGACAGCGGCGCUAGCAUCCAACGCCUCAUCCUCCUCGCUUUACGGUGACCGAGAAACCAAGAUUCUCUGCAAGGACUCUCAGGGCAACAUCGUCCCCUGGAAGCCCGCCAACACAGUUGACUUCCGCCACUGGACACACGCCUCAUACUCGGAGCGCGAAUCGCCCCUCCAGCGCAUCGCCGAACUCUUCAACGUCAACCAUUUCAUCGUCAGCCAGGCGCGGCCCUAUUUGAUCCCCUUCCUGCAAAGCGACAUGCACGGUCCUUCCCUCUUCGAGACCCGCAACAAGACGAUGUCGGCAACCGCCUUCCUUGUCCGCAUGAUGGGCCUCGAAAUCCGCCACCGGCUCAGCCAGCUCGACGCCCUCCGCCUGCUCCCUGCCGGCAUUCGUCGUUUCCUUGUGGAUGAGCGCGUCCCAGGAGCGAGCGUGACACUCGUGCCCGAGGUGACGGCCGGCGACUUUAUCCGGCUGCUUGAGACACCCACGAAAGAAACGCUCAAGUACUGGAUCCUUCGUGGCGAGCGCAGCGUGUGGCCGGCCGUGGCGGCGCUUAAGAUCCGCUGCGCCGUGGAGACGGAACUUGAUCGCGCGUAUCAGCAGGCGCGUAGGCUCAAGGCUGGCGGGCUGAGGCGCAAGGCUAGUAGCAGGGGCCCGAUGAUGUCGGCGCAGUCGGCACCGUCGCCGAAUGGAAGCGAUCGGGAGCGGUGGGAGAGGGAGAGGGAGAGGAGGUCGGGUACGGGCAGAGCAAAGACUACUGGUGUUAACUAGUAGUGCAGUGCAAUAUGUGUCGCUGUUUUCGUUUGUGUUGGUGGGAAGACAACUUGAAAGCUGAGUCAGGACUUGUGUGUGUGGCCCUUCCGGGUCUGAUACUUCAAGUUUACUACAUAAAGUAAUGUGCCCUGUAAAUACCAGACUCAAUAAAUGCAAAAACCCAGCAAGUGCCAGGAAAUUCCGUGUCCGAUCUAUACCAGUAUGGCAUAGCCUCAACUAUAGUGCCAUGUGCCCAGCAGCCGGCAACUGUUCCCAAUAAAAAGUAAAAAAAUAAU